AUGGACAAUGCCCCCAAAACCGUCACCAGUUUUGUGCGCUCAGUGCAGCUGGUCAAGGUCGACGGCUUCAGCUUGACGUGGAGCGUGGGCAAGGACGGUCACAUCAAAUCCAGAUGGAGCUUCGAUGGAUACGAUUGGGAAAUCCGUGUUUAUCCUGAUUGGAGCUCCGCUGUACUAGUGGAGCUUGCCUUUCUCAGCGAACCCCGCAGGGCCAGUGUGAAGCGUGCCUUUCUCAGAAAAGCUCGCAGGCCCAGUGUGAGGGUCGUUCUAGGCUGCCGGUUGGUCGAUCCGACGGGGAAGCUUGAGCCAUCCAUGGAAGUUAAUGAGCAGGGGGUGUUCCGCCGUCCCAAAGAAUGCAUCACUAAAGUCUUGAUCAAUAGAAGUUCGCUAGCAUCAUCAGGCUAUAUUAGGGGCAAUUCUUUUACUGUGCAAUGCACCAUUGACGUUCUCAAGGAAGUGCCGGCAACGGACCCGAUCAAAGAAGUGCCAGUGCCAUGCUCAAACUUGCACCAACACCUCGCUGAACUCCUGCAGAGCAAGACGGGGGCAGAUGUCACUUUUCUUGUGUCUGGCAAGUCUUUUACUGCUCAUAAGAACAUACUGGCUGCAAGAUCUCCUGUUUUCAUGGCCGAGUUCUUUGGAGACAUGAAGGAGAAGUGUGCGGGGCAUGUGGAGAUCAAGGACAUGCAAGCUGCGGUAUUCAAGGCGCUACUUCACUUCAUCUACACUGAUACUGUGCCUGAAUUCGAUGAGACGGGCAAGGAGGUGAUGGUGUUAGCUCAGCACUUGCUUGCAGCUGCUGAUAGGUACAGACUGGACAGGCUCAAGGUGAUCUGUGAAAGCGAGCUCUCUGGUGGCAUCAGUGUUGACACGGCAGCGACAUCUCUGGCUCUAGCCGAGCAGCAUAAUUGUCCACAGCUCAAGGCGAAGUGCGUCCAGUUCAUCAUUAGGAAUCGUGAGGUUCUUGAUGCUGUGCUGGCGACGGAGGGGUACAAGUAUCUGGCGGCAAGCUACCCUGCGGUGUUGUCUGACCUUCUCAAGUCAAGUCUAAGUGUGGGAGAAAGCACAAGCACUGAUGCAUAUAGUUAG